AUGAGCUUGAGAAACAGCCCAUCCAGGGGGAGGAUCCAUAGUCUAGCCGUGAUAGCGACGGCCUUCAUAUUCGUUUUGCACAUGUACGUUGGUGUAUACGAAAGUGCGUCUUUUUACCAGCAAAUACCCAUGAUUGGCACGUGGUCUACUGAGUCAAAGUCCCGUGUGGAGACAGACGACACCAAGCGCGCUACCCGCAAGCAUUCCAUGAGAGAGAUUGUGCCGGAACCAGUUCCUCGACCUUUGAUUGAAACUCUCGUUACUGGACAAAACGUUACAGGGGACGUUGCGUGGCUCCUGAAUAUGGCGGUGCUGGGAUUCUCAAAGUGCGGUACAUCCUUCAUGAUGCGCUAUCUCGGUCGACACGAAGAAAUAGCCAUGCUGACUGACGGUGAACACUGUGAGCUGACAAGGCGCAAUGAAGAUUCGGCCCUUAUCAAGUCCUUGAUGGAUGGGCUUCCCAGCGGAAAGAUAGCGCGCGGCUUGAAAUGUCCUAUCCAUUUGGAAAGCCCCAGAGCCAUGCAGAGCUUCUCCCGAUACUUCCCGAACACAAAGAUAAUUGUUGGAGUCCGACAUCCCGUCCUUUGGUUUGAAUCCUUCUACAACUAUCGGCAUCGAGACGGUAAGACCCAGCUGCUGCCAGCCCAGGAACUGAUUGGAAAAUGUGCGGAUUUGGGGCCCUUUGAAAAGGUGGCUUCGGUCUGUACCGAAGGAGCCAAGUUCCACGAGCCUUUGGCUCGCUUGGGAAAGACGAACAUGCAGAGCACAGAUGAGCGACAAUACUUUUCGGCCGACGCGCAGAAUGUUUCAGACACCGAUGCUUUCUCCGGUAUGAAAGAUCUUCGUAACUUCCUGCAAGUCACAAAGCCGUUCCAGCCGAUGGUGGUAGAGCCCAAAAGACUGCAUGACGGAACCCGUAUUGAUAUCUGUGACCCCGAGUACAAUCAUUUACGCGAGGUACUUGUGGAUACUGGAGUGAAGGCGUCGAGAUGGAUUCGGCGAUUUUUUGUCCAUGCCGAAGGCGUGACGGUGUCGUCUCCCAAAUUUUUGGACCAGGUGUUGGCCAAGUGGGAAGAAGAUCCGUGCGAAGAACGCCGGGCCGAGAAGAGCUCCGCCCCAUCCCCUUGAAUCAGAUUGCCAUGUACAAGUUGUAGGAGUCGUCCAGUUGAUAAAUUAUGCAGGUAUUGUUCGACCGGUACGCAUCAUGUUACU